AUGAAGACGGUAAAGAACCAGCCACCGGUGACUCAGACGAUGGAGAAUCAUUCUAGCCACACCUUAGUCACAGUGAGGAUAUUGACUCAGCCACCAGUGGAAAAAGAUGACCUGGAGUAUGAUCCAGCGAAAUGUUGUUGCGGUCAUUCAAAUACUUGCAAUGACACUGAUACCAAGACCUCCAGUCAGCCAGUCACCAGUGACCCCCAUGAAGAAGACCCAUCUCCCACAAGCCCCACCACCAAAGAUGACAUUGAGCCAAGCAAGCCACCUGGACCCUCAGCAGCAACUGACCUUUAUGAUGGGGUCAGAGACACAGCCACUCCCCCAAUAGAAGAGCCAGGCACCACUGCUACCCUCAUUAAUGACCAUACAAACGUCGAUUGUUCACCAGUUGCUAGUAACACGCCUGAUAACAGACCACCAUCCGACGUUGUCCCAACUAAUGGAGCUGCAGCUGCCAUUAGACCCGCUGAUGCUGAUGACGUCAAGACUGGCCCUGAUGGAGUCCCCCGGAAGAAUGUAUUUCAAAGAAUCUGCAAAUUCUUCCGCAGUGAAAAAGCUCUCGCGUCUCACCGAGCUUACCUCUUGACGGCACGUAUUCCCACCAAGGUGGAACACUCCUUUAAUUAUCUGGAGAUCCAGGGGAUCGCUUGUAACAAGCCUACUCAGCUGCUGAUAGAGUACGAGCGUGGCUCCUUCUCUCUGAAGCUGCUCUCUUCAGAUGAGGUUAAUGAGGUCGUCGCUCACAUAGGAAACUGCCUGCUGAGGAUAUGUCCUGGUCUACCGCCUAGCAAAGUGAUGAAGAAGCUCUGCAUGGAGCCUCCAGACAGGCUGACCUCUCUGCAGACUCUGUGGGAGAGCAACAAGCCUGCUGAACCUGGACCCUGUGGUGGGUUUUCUCAGAUGUACAGAUGUGUUUGUGACUGGUUGGGGUUACCUUACAGAGAAGAGGUGCAGUGGGAUGUAGACACCAUCUAUUUGACACAAGACACCAGAGAACUCAACCUGCAGGACUUCAGCCAUCUGGAGAACAGGGAUCUGGUGGCCAUAAUAGCAGUCCUUGAGUUUAACCAGUGGUUCACCAAGCUCUCCACCAAGGACUACAAACUGUCUGCAGAUGUGUGUGAGCAGAUCCUCAGGGUGGUAUCUCGAUCCAGUCGACUGGAAGAGUUGGUUCUGGACAACGCAGGACUCAAAACUGAUUUUGCCCAGAAGCUAGCUGCUGCCCUGGCCCACAACCCCAGCUCAGGACUCACCAACAUUAAUCUUGCCAACAAUCCGCUGGAGGACAGAGGUAUCUCCUCCCUGGGUUCUCAGUUUGCCAAACUUCGAAUGGGACUAAAGCAUUUAAACUUUUCCAAAACCUCACUAUCACCCAAAGGGGUGAACAGCCUUUGCCAGUCACUGAGUGCCAACCCGUCCAUCCCCAGCAGCCUGGUCCAUCUGGACCUCUCAGGGAAUAUCCUCCGAGGAGACGACAUGCAGCAUUUCUGCCACUUCCUUGGUCAACCCAACGGCCUGGUAACCCUUGACCUCUCCAACACUGACUGCUCAUUGGACCAGGUUUGCUCUGCUCUGCUGCGAGGUUCGGUCCAACACCUCUCUGUUCUCAACGUGUCAAAGAGCGUCUUCCCUCACAGUAGGAAAGGCAAAGAGGUGCCGCCAUCAUUCAAGCACUUCUUCAGCAGUGCCAUGUCUCUCAGCUCCAUCAACGUGUCAGGAACCAAGCUGCCACCAGAGGCCCUCAAGGCACUCCUGCUUGGUCUGGCCAGUAACCCCAAUCUGAAGGACGUAUCUCUAGACCUCAGCUGCUGCGAGCUGCGGUCAGGAGGUUCUCAGAUCCUUGAAGGUUGUAUUGCUGAGAUCCCAAACAUCUCCAGCCUAGACAUCUCUGACAAUGGCCUGGACUCAGACCUGUCCACUCUGCUGGUGUGGUUGGCCAAGAACCGCUCCAUCAGACACCUCUCUCUGGGCAAGAACUUCAACAACAUAAAGUCAAAAAACCUCGCUCCGGUGCUGGACAGUCUGGUUCACAUGAUUCAAGAGGAGGAGUCGCCCCUCACCUCCUUGUCUCUAGCGGACUCCAAACUAAAGAGCGAUCUGACCAUUGUUCUCAACGCCCUCGGCAGCAACUCCUCGCUCACCAGACUCGACAUCAGCGGGAACGCCAUGGGCGACAUGGGAGCCAAGAUGCUGGCCAAGGCGCUGCAGAUCAACUCCAAACUCAGGACUGUGAUCUGGGAUAAAAACAACACCAGCCCUCAGGGUCUUCAAGAUGUAGCAGCCGCUCUGGAGAAAAACUUCACCAUUCGUUUCAUGCCCAUCCCCAUCAUCGAUGCCUCACAGGCUCUGAAGGCCAGCCCCGAGAAAACAGAGGACGCCUUGCUAAAGAUUGAGAAUUACCUCUACAGGAACCAUGAGACCAGAAAAUACCUACAGGAACAGGCCUAUCGGCUACAGCAGGGCAUCGUGACCACAACCACACAACAGAUGAUUGACAGGAUUUGUGUGAAGGUGCAGGACCACCUGAACUCUCUGAGGAACUCAGAGACAGACACCAUCUUGGAGGACGUGAGGUCAGCAGAGAACCUCAUCAAAGAUGCCAGAAACUCAAAAACGCUGCUCCCUAACCUCUACCACCUUGGAUCAGCAUCCAGAGAGGAGGUGAACAGCUCCUCAGUGGGACCCAUCCAGGAGAAACUGGAGUCUAUGGCUGGGGAGGUGACAACUGUCAUGGACCAACAACUGCAGACUCUGUUGGAGUCCAUGGUAAACACAGCAGAGUCUUUGUGUCCCCAUGUGAUGAAGAAAAGUAAUCUUCGUCCAGAGCUGAUGAAGGCCAGCUCAGCCAAGGUGGUUGUACCCAAGAGCUUUGUCACCAAAACCCUCCUGGAGCAGUCUGGGGUGGAUAUUAUCAACAAGAUCAGUGAGGUGAAGCUGAGUCUAGCCUCCUUCCUGUCUGACCGCAUUGUUGAUGAGAUUUUGGAGGCGCUCUCCACUUCACAACACACUCUGGCAGACCAUCUGGUACGUCGAGGUCGCCCUUUGGUGCAGCAGGAGUCCGUGGAUCUGGACGUCCCCGAGGAGAAGAUUCCUAAACGGGCUUCAACUGAAAUAUUGGAGGCUGAGAGGCUGGAGGAUCUGGAGACAUGCAUGAUGACUCCUAAAUCCAAGAGGAAAAGCAUCCACAGCAGAAUGCUUCGACCAGUGUCUCGUGCCUUUGAGAUGGAGUUUGACCUGGACAAGGCCCUGGAGGACGUGCCUAUCCAUGUGGAGGACACUUCAACUUCAUCUCAAACUCCGCCCACUCCAUCUCAGGUCCUGCCCAAACUGGAGCAACGUCCGCCAGGAACGAUGGUGGAGCUGCCGUCUGAGGAGGAAAAAAAGCUGCAGCACUUCACCAAACUACGACCCCGGAGAAACAAAAAAACACAUUCCAGCAAAGUCCCUCAAAUCAACAGUGCUCCAUCUCAGGAUGGGGAGCAGAACGGCCUCAUGGGAAGGGUGGAUGAGGGUGUAGAUGAGUUCUUCUCUAAAAAAGUCACCAAGAUGGAUUCCAAACGCUCCCUGAAGAGUUCAGAGUCUCAAGAUGGAGAGAAAAAAAAGAGCAAAGGAGGAUUCCUCAACCUCAUCAAACGAUCCUCCAAAUCUGACAAAUCGGAUAAAUCUGACAAAUCAGAUAAGUCAGAGAAAAACCAGGCGACCCCUCUGUCCUCAUCCUCAGCCUCUGUAGGUUCAACGACAACUUCCACCAUCCCUGAGGAGCCCUCCUCACCUAAGGUGGCAGUGAAGAGCCCAGCACCUGAGUCAAAGUCAAGAGAUGCCUCCAGCCGCUCACAGCCCACAGACUACAGCAGCAGCUCAGACCGAUCAGAAGAGCUGAGGACGCCGGACUCCAUAGAUGAGCCAUGGGAGGGUUCAGACGGCAGGGGCAGUCCACAGGGAGGGAGGCGGUACCCGGGAGUGCAGAUGAUGGGCAGCGGCCUGCUGGCAGAGAUGAAGGCCAAGCAGGAGAGGAGAGCACACAAGUCUUCCAGCCCCGAUAGACCUGACAGCAAUGCAACAGCAGCCAAGCCCACAACUCCAGAAAGCAGGUCUCCCAGUGGUUCCAUUAAUAAACCAGACACUGGUUCUCCAGAAAAGACCCUGUCGCGUGGUGAGACUAAGCCUGAACCGGUGCCUCGUCUCAGAGCUACUUCCUCCUCCAGUUCCCCCGGGGGACCAGUGAGUCCCAAACCGCCGGUGCCGCAGGGGGCGAAGCCAGCCCUGGCUGCCCGACCCACCAUCCCACAGAAGCCCAGGACCACCAGUAGCAGCAGGAGCAUAGAUGAGAGCCCAGAUUCCCCUAGCAUUGGUGGCAUCUCCCCUAAAGUCACAGGUCUCCCUCUCACACUGAAAAGGGGGUUGUCAGAGAAAGACAAGGAGGGCCAAACUAGUCUGCAGUCAGGAGGCUCUGCCAACAAAACCACUCAGGAAGGGAGGAUGGCGUCAGAUUCUGUUCAGCGACCCAGCCCUCUCCGUACCAACUCGGAGGAUCACGGCCCCUUCAAGUCCAAGGACCAAUCUCCAAACCCAGACAAGGACAAGGCAGCGGGCAAGAAGUCAUCGGACUCUGGGGAGGAGGCAGACAAAGACUUUAUUUUAAUAUGAGCGAGACAAAUUGACAACAAAAACUUGUUGACAAGACUCACUUGUUUUUCUUUAGAAAAGCAACUAAGGGGGAAUAUAAUCAAUAUGUUUUCAUUUAUGUUAGAGCUUGUACCUGCACUGUAGGUCCUGUCUGACCAUUAAGUACACAUAAUGUGUGGUUUGCAGGCAGGUUACCUGCUGUAGUAUCAGGUAACACACAGUUUCAAAUUCAGUUUAAUUUGAUGAUCUAAGAAGAAGAUAUUGCUAGAUAUUAACACUGUGGGGAAUAUCCUCCAGGGAAUAUUUUCCUGUCAUGUCUCCUAGUAAACCAAACUAAAUCUCCCUAGAGCUUCCUUCUCACACCCUUUUCUCUAGAACUGGUUUCAGCCUACUCUGCUGUCAGGUCAAAAUCUCAUGUCUGUAAAAGAAUAAACUUUUCAGGACUUGAAGAAAUAGGUCGUGGGAUGGAACUGAGUUUAAGUUUGUAAACCACUUUUUAAAAAAAAAGAAGAGAUGUUGCUUUCAGGACUUUUUGUGCAAACGACAGCAAGAGAGAGAGACUGUGAACAAGUGUACAUUUAAAAUGACUCUGUAACUGAUAAGACUUACUAUUAUUUUGCAGUAGCUUGUCUCCCAGGGACCAAACACACACUAACAAUACCACUACCAAUGUACUGUACUUGAACUCAAGCAUAAAACUAGACCAGGACCAGGCAUUCUUUUCCUUCAAUAUAUUUGUAUGGAUUUUUCUAGAGGCUAUUUUCAGUAUGUGCAAGUUCCUUUUCUCCAGACUGAAUCAUUAUGCAAUUCAUCUUUUUUUUUUUUUUUUACAGGAAAAUACAGGUUCAGCUGAGAAAAUCAGCACAAAAAUAAAUCAGUAACACACAUUUGAUGUAGCUUGUCGGACAGUACUAAGGACUAAAUGGACUCAUCACUGAAGGACUGAAAGAUGGCUAUAGACUUUAUCAAACACCCCAACUGGACCCAAGUUUGGCUCAUGUGGGAGCAAAUCAGAGAGACCAUAUGAUGUGUUUGUGCUUUGCUAGGACUGUGGUACACUUUAACUUCCCUGACGACCAAUCAAUAAGGCUUCGGCACUGUUAACAAACACUAAACACUGUGGAAGAAACACAUUUAAAUUAUUUUUUACAUUUAGCUGCUGAGGUCUUUUUUUUCAUGAGACAUAUAUGAAUAUCCCCCCGAUGUGCUGAUGGUCCAAUGAAAACAAAGAACAUACUCAAAAAGAGGAAUAGCAAAGAGAAUCUGAAGAUAACAUGGGAGAUGCAGUCUUGUGUUUCCCAUUUCAGGAGCUGUUUUGAGCCAAAUUUUGACAUCAACCUCUUCAGUUUGUUGUUUGUGUAAAAGAAGAAUACUGAGGGAACCGCAGCCCUCAAACACUCCUCUUCCUCUUGAGAAUUUUUCCUUCAGGACUUUCAGCUCACUUUCACAUUGUUCCAUGCAAGACAGGACACCUCUUCAAACUCACAGCAUUUCAAAACACAUAGCCUCUGUUAAGUAAUUGGGAAUACAGUGCCUGGAGUGAAAGUGAACUGAGGGUAGCUGUAUUUUGACCAACAUGGACCUCUGGGCUGUUCUGUAUAUACCAUUUUAAGGACCUGAAUGCUUCACAACAACAACAACAACAACACAGGUCUCAGGAUCGUUCCUCUCAUUUUUCUCUUUUAAGAGCAAGAAAUGCCCUUUUCACACUGCUACACAGUCUGCAAUCAGUUUCUCAAACAGAUCUUGGCAAUUCCUCAUUUCAUUUACAACCUCUAGCUUUUUUGUUGAUACAGAAUCAGGCAAUUUUACUCAUGUUGCAUAUAUAAUUUGGGACAGAGGUUUGGCCUGUAAACUUAAAGUAUACUCUUCACAUCUUUAAACUUCAGUAUAUUUUGUCCACUGUUCUAAUACUUAUGCUUUUACAGCCAAACUACUAAGCAUUUAUGACAGAUGUAACACCCACACAGAGCAGCAGACUUCUUAUGCAUAACCAGUGUGAAAGGGGCACUGUAUUUUAUUGUACUGUACAAGAGUCAAAUUCAAGUCAGGGCCAAAGGUCUUACUGGUGCACCUUUUCCUAUGGUGUCUAUCAAUGUCUUUUUGUAGGAUUAUAAUUAGGUUUUAGCUUCUUUAUCACUAAUCAUGGCUUGGAAAUAACACUGUUCCUGCUGUAUAUAGUCAGUCAAUCUGUACUUGAUGUCAAUGGCCGCUUUGACUUUCAGUCUCAGUCACAAAAAUCAAACAUCACUUUUUUUGCGUGGGAGUGGUUCAAGGACACUGAGGAAAAAAAAAAAAAAAAAAAAAAAAAAACGAACUUUGCAAUAUGUUCAAAGCAAACACAUGUGGCUGCGUGCUGUAUUCUGUUGGCAUUUUCAACCCUUUUCCUGAUGCAAGGGACUUAUCUCGACACUGUCCUCUAUUGUUUUUGCUUUCUGUGUAGGAAGCAGCUGGCUGUGUUUCUGUCAAGUUGUGCGAAAGAUGAUUUCCUGCUCAAUUCUGAAAAAUGAACAUUCACUUCUUUUGUUGGUGCACGGAGUGGAGAAAGUGAAAAUAUCCAGUAGCAUUGAGUCAAGACUCCUGAGUCUACAUGUGUGUGUGACUGCAUGAUGUGGCUUUGAGUCGUACUGUAUGUAUAUAUGUGCUUUCAUACAUGUAGGUGUAUGCGUGUGUAUAUAUGUAUGUGUAAUAUAUGCACAUGUAAUAUACACACUGUGGUAUAUUCACACGCCUAAAGUGACCACAGCAAAUCCUAUAUUGUUUUGGUACUAAGUACACUACUAUACUAGGGGUUUGUUUGUUUGUAACUUAUUUGGAGUAAAAAAAAUGGCCGGUGAUCUCUUGAUCCUUUGUUGUUUUUCCUCUCACUUGUACAUUGUGUUCAUAAAUGUAGAAAUUAAUUCUUUGUAUGUAUUCAUUUGUUUUUGCAUAUAAUCAAUUCAAUGUUACUUUCUUCAUAAUUCAGAAAAAGAAUAAUCCAAAACAAUGACUGUUUUUCUUGAGCUGGGAAAAAAAAGCAUAAAUACUAAUGACAUAUUUGCUAAUUUUAUUGGCCUUCAUGACGUUAUUUGUUCCAUUUUGUCAUGGAUCAGUAUGUUUCACAAAGUCAUUCUGCCGGUGUUGGACAUUUCUUCAU